CAGGUAUAGCGACUCUCCUUCAGGAAGCACUUCAGAUCGAAAGUAAAAUUCCUUGUAUAAGACGACUCCAUUUCAGAGACAGUGUCACUCUUGAAGGCCUCAUAUCAGUAUCUAUGGAUAACAGAGAAAACAGUGAGAGACACAACAGUGUGUCUAUAAAGAGUGGAAGAUUAACUCCUCGUCCUCCUGUACUCAGUGAUGAACCAGUGACCUUUGAGCCCAGAAUCUGGAAUCAAAGAUCUUUAUCUCCAGUUCCCAGUUGUAUGUCUAUGAAGAGUGAUGAAUCAUUGCCUGAUCGUCCUUAUUUCAGAGGUGAACCAGUGACCUCUGACCCCAGAAAAUGGAGUCAAAGAUCUUCAUUAACAGAUCCCAGCUGUGUGUCUAUGAAGAGUGUAGAAUCAAUGCCUCAACCUCCUAAUUAUAGUAAUGAACCAGUGACCUCUGACCCCAGGGUGGAUAAGGAUUAUCAGACUGGAAAACAGGAUCCUCCUCAACCAGUGAAUGAUGAACUACAGAUAGUCAAAAUGAAGCACAAAACCAGCAUGAAGAACAAGUAUGAGAGAUUAUUUGAGGGUCUGAAAUUCCAGGGGAAUGAAAGUCUCCUGAACAGCAUCUACACACAGCUCUACAUCAUAGAGGGAGAGAGAGAAGGAGUGAAUGAAGAACAUGAGGUUUUACAGAUGGAGAAAACAGCCAGAACACAACACUCACAAGACACUACAAUCUACUGCAAUGACAUCUUUAAAGCCUCCGCUGAAGCAGGAUGUGAGGAGAAAGAGCCGAUCAAAACUGUUCUUACUAAAGGCAUCGCUGGAAUCGGAAAAACCGUCUCUGUGCAGAAGUUCAUUCUGGAAUGGGCCGAGGGAAAAGCCAAUCAGGAUGUAGAUUUCAUCUUUGUGCUUCCAUUUCGAGAGCUGAACUUGAUCCGAGAUCAUCAGUACAGUCUUCACAGACUUCUGCUGGACUUUCAUCCUGAACUUCAAGAUCUGGACUCACAGAUUUAUGAGGAGUGUAAAGUUGUGUUCAUCUUUGAUGGUCUGGAUGAAAGCAGAAUCACACUGAUGUUUUCAGAUGAUCAGGAAGUUUGUGAUGUGACUGAGACUUCAUCAGUGCCUGUGUUGAUGUCAAAGCUCAUGAAAGGAGAGCUGCUUCCCUCUGCUCUCAUCUGGAUCACCUCCAGACCAGCAGCAGCCAAUCAGAUCCCCUCCGAAUACAUCCACCGUCUGACAGAAAUUCAGGGAUUCAAUGAGCCUCAGAAGGAGGAAUAUUUCAGGAAGAGAAUCAGUGAUGAGCAUCAAGCCAGCAGAAUCAUCUUACACAUCAGAAGAGCAAGAAGCCUCCACAUCAUGUGCCACAUCCCCGUCUUCUGUUGGAUGUCAUCCACUGUGCUUCAGAAGCUCCUGAAAGAAGAUCUGAGUGCAAAAAUCCCUCAAACUCUGACUGAAAUGUACAUCCACUUCCUGCUGAUUCAGAUCAACAUGAGCAAGCAGAAGUAUGAAAAUCACAGAGAAGUGAUUGUGAAACUUGCUGAAGUGGCUUUCAAACAGCUGAUGGGGGGCAAUGUGAUGUUCUAUGAGGAGGACCUGAUUGAGAGCAGCAUAAACCUCGCUGAUGCCUCAGUGUAUUCUGGGAUUUGCACUGAGAUCUUUAAAGAGGAAUCUGUGAUUCAUCAGAGGAAAGUCUACAGUUUCAUCCAUCUGAGCAUUCAGGAAUUUCUCGCUGCUUUCUAUGUGUUUUACUGCUAUUUAACAAAGAACAUGGAGCCACUGCAUGAAUUCAGAUCUUACCGCUUUGACAAAGACUCUCUGUAUAAUCUACUAAGAUCAGCAGUAGAUAAAGCUCUCAAAAGUGAGAAUGGACAUCUGGAUCUGUUUCUUCGGUUCCUGCUGGGCAUCUCAAUGGAGUUCAAUCAAAGACUCUUACAGGAUCUACUGAAACGCACAGAGAACAACUCAAAUAGCAUCAAGAGAACCACACAGUACAUUAAAGAGAAGAUCAAAGAUGAUCAUCCUUCUCUCUCAGCUGGUGAAUCCAUUAAUCUGUUCCUCUGUCUGCUGGAAGUGAAAGAUCAGACUCUGUCCAGAGAGAUUCAAGAGUUUGUGAAAUCAGACAAAUACGCAGAAAAGAAACUCUCUGCUGCUCACUGCUCAACAAUCUCCUAUAUGAUUCAGAUGUCAGAGGAGCCACUGGAUGAACUGAACCCCAUGAAAUACAACACAUCAGAUGAGGGGAGAAGAAGACUGAUACCAGCUGUGAUCAACUGCAGAAAAGCUCUAUUUCCUGGUUGUAAACCCUCAGAUCAGCAUUGUGAAAUGGUGUCUUCAGCUCUACAAUCCUCAAACUGUGUCCUGAGAGAGCUGGAUCUAAGUAAAAAUAACCUGCAAGAUUCAGGAAUGAAGCUGCUCUCUGAUGGACUGAAGAGUCCAAACUGUCAGCUGCAGAUACUGAGUCUUGCUGGCUGUAAUCUUACUGCUCAGUGUUGUAAAAGUUUGUAUUCAGCUCUACAAUCCUCCAACUCUGUUCUGAAAGAGCUUGAUAUGUGUAACAAUGACCUGCAGGACUCUGGUGUAAAGUUUAUUUCUGAUGGACUGAAGAAUCAAAACUGUCAUCUGCAGAUACUGAGGUUGUCUGGCUGUAUGGUGACAGAGGAAGGCUGUGGUUAUUUGUCUUCAGUUCUUAGUUUAAACCCCUCACACCUGAGAGAGCUAGAUCUGAGCUACAAUUACCCAGGACCAUCAGGAGUCCAGCUGCUCAAACACAAACUGGAGGAUCCAAAAUAUAAACUGCAGAUACUCAAUGUGGACCAUGGAGGAGAGAUCAGGAUUACAGCAGGACCACGAAAGUAUGUCUGUGAUCUCACACUGGAUCCAAACACAGCAAACACUCAACUUAUUCUGUCUGAUGAGAACAGGAUGAUCAGACAUUUGGACGAUCCUCAGCCGUAUCCUGAUCAUCCAGAGAGAUUUGAUGGUGUUCCUCAGGUUCUGAGUGUUGAGAGUCUGACUGGACACUGUUACUGGGAGAUUGAAUGGAGCGGACGUGCUGAUAUAUCAGUGUCAUAUAAGGGAAUCAGCAGGAAAGGAGGGAGUGACUGUUGGUUUGGAAACAAUGACAAAUCCUGGAGUCUGCGGUGCUCUUAUAAUGGAUUCACUGUCAGUCACAAUAAUAGCAGCACUUAUAUACCUGGCAUCUCUUCAUCCUCUAAUAGAGCAGGAGUGUAUGUGGAUGUGUUGGCUGGCACUCUGUCCUUCUACAGUGUCUCUGACACACACACACUCACACACUUACACACAUUCAACACCACAUUCACUGAACCCCUUUGUGCUGGUUUCAGGAUUUAUCCUGAUUCCUCAGUGUCUCUGUGUGAUAUUAAACCAUAGAGAGACUAUCGUUUGAGACACAAACUAAUCAAAUCUCACAUAAUUACUUUGUAUUAAUUAAUUUUUAAUUCAUAUUUUGAAUGUCUUCCAAAGUUAUAUUUCUAGAUUAGACACUAGUAAUUAGUAAUUAUAUAAAAAAUAGUAAUUAUAUUGUUCUGAAUCUUUAAUAAACAGAGUAAUAUGUGUGCUUUAAUAUUUCUAUUGUAAACUGCUCAUAAAAUGUAAUAAAAGUCCAUUAGUGACUCAUU